AAAUAACCGGCCGUCCCGGAAAAAAAUGUCGCCUCUCAGUGACGCAAUGUCCGCUCUAUACUUUCUUCCGGUGUAGACCAGAAUAUCACAUGGUCAAAUGCGGAAGUGGUUGUUAUGGAUCACGAUUAUUCUUUGGCGAGUAUUGAAGUCCCCGUAAAACAGAGGCGUCAAUAUUUUGAUACACGCAGACUGUGUGACAAACGGAGGAAUAAAACCAGGAUAAAUAUCGGCCAGGCGUUUUCAAGAUGGAGAGAGCUGCGCGACAAUCUUGGACUUGACAGAGACUCUGCUCUCGCGAGUGUAUUGAUAGACAGCUGUGUUACUAAGAUCCGUGGAGGCAUUAAACUGUUCUCAGCCAACAACAAAAUCUCUCCUUCAAGCGAUGAAAGCAGAAGUCAUGAGCUACAGGGAAGCAAGACCGGUUAUCAACCUACAAACUCCUACCAAUGUCACUGUAGACAUGACUCUCUAUGGGAUUUUAGGAGUGAAUGAAAAAUUUCAGGUGUUGGAAACAUAUCUGUGGGUGAGGCUGACUUGGCAGAUUGAAGGUUUAAGUUGGGAUCCGGCUGAAUGCGGAGCAAAUAAAAUCUCACUUCCACGAGAGACAGUAUGGAUUCCAGACAUUGUCAUCAAUGAAUUCAUGGAUGAAAACAGAGCACCAGAAACACAGUACGUGUACGUUAUGUCCAAUGGUGAGGUGAGGGACGGCAAGCCAUUUCAUGUGAUCAGCUCCUGUAAACUGGACAUCUACAUCUUUCCUUUCGAUAUUCAGAACUGCUCGUACACGUUCAACUCUUACAAACACAAUGUUCAGGAUGUUCGGUUGUCAUUCUAUAAAUCCGUGAAGCUAGUAUUCAAGGAGUCUUUGGAACUCAUGGCGACCCAAGGAGAGUGGGAGCUAAUUGACAUGCUGGGAGAAAAACCCGAACACACUUAUGAAGAAGGAGGAUGGGAUGCACUUAUAGUUCAUAUUGUGUUGAGACGUCGAGCUGCACUGUAUGUGGUGAACCUCUUGAUUCCCAGCUGCUUUCUGCUUUCUGUGGAUCUGUUCAGCUUCUUACUGCCUCCUCAGCAUGUGGAUCGAUCGUCCUUCAAAAUGACUCUCAUCUUGGGUUACACCGUAUUCCUGCUGUUAAUGAAUGACCUCCUGCCUGUCACAGGAAACACCUUACCUCUCAUAAAUUUGUUCUUCUCUCUCUGCUUUGCCUUGAUGGUGACAAGUCUCCUUGAAACGGUUCUCAUCACUAAUAUCCUGUGCGGUUCCAACCAUUUUCCACCAUUACCAAAGUGGAUCAGAAUUCUGGUGCUUAAGUAUCUUGCUCGACUUGUGUGUAUGGAGCAGAUGUCUUGCGAUCAAAACUCAGAAGGAAACACACCUAAGAUUCUUGUCUACAGUAACAGCAUGACUGAAUACUCAAAGAAAGAUUCAGUUUGUUCAUCCCCAGUGAGUUUCCAGGAACGGUGUCUAGAAGAGAUGCAGAAGCUGAGGAAAGAUCUGCUGGCUAUCCGCCGUCAGGUUGAAGAACACUUCAGUAAUGAAAACAGGACAGAUGAAUGGAUCAUGUUCGGUCAGAUCAUUGAUCGUCUGCUCUUCAUAGUGUAUUUUAUUUUCGUCACUGUGAGCUCAAUAACAAUAUUGGUUCUGUGGAUACACUCAUCCCGUCUAGACAAAAACCCUUAGUUUACUUCUUAUCCUUUAUAAACUUUUUUGUUUUCUUGUAUUGUAUGUAUGAUCAAAACACCUUUUGUUAUAGUUGUUUUAUUAUAGGGUGGUACAGUAUGUAAAAAAUCUUUCAAUAAUAUCAUCAAAAACUUAAUGUUAAAAAAAA